UUGUUCCUGCCCGGGAUGCAAUUACGGCAGGACAUUACGAUGUGUUGUCAUCCCGACGUGAGAUAAUGGGAAUUCUUCAAAUUAAAUCUUGCUACUACGUCGUAUUUUAGCGCACAUUGCUUGCGACGUGUUAACAGAAGACUAUUGUCUCAAGAAGCCGUAGAUUCCCAAAAAUGGCUAGUAGCAGAGUAGAUAUGGAUCCUGAUGUUGCUCGAAGGCUAUUUGAGGAGGGGGCCACCCUUGUGCUCAUGGGAGUCCCUCAGGGCACAGAGUUCGGCAUUGACUGCAAAAGUUGGCAGGUUGGUCCCCGCUUCCGGGGUGUUAAGAUGAUACCCCCGGGGCUGCACUUUCUCAAUUACUGUUCUGUCAAUUCACCGAGCUGUGGAGGAGAAGUUGGUCCCAAGACUGGCCUCUUCCUCCAUCUCAAACCGAGAGACAUCUUGUUGGCUAACUGGGACCCAAAAGAGGAAGAUCUGGACUUCUCCGCUUCCCACAACAUGGAGGAAGUGGGCAGAAUCAGAGCAAACCUGCAGGAUCUGGAUCCGUAUCUUGGACCUUAUCCGUAUGAGGUGAUGAGAAAGUGGGUGUCCCUCUCGGACCGUCUAAGCGAAGAGGUGGCAAUCAACUUGCAGCCUCUCUCUGGUCGAGUACGUGCCUACAGUGACGUUGUCCCUGAGACUGAGUUCAGACACACCAAGGACCGGGCUGAGCAGCCAAGGAACGACACAGCAUGCCAGACCAUGAGGGAGGGACUAGACAGGCUCCCCAAGAUGAAGGAAAGGGAAGGGACACAGCUGCGCUUCUCUGCCAUCCCAGAGAAGACUUACCCUCCUGGGGCCACACCUGCCCAGAUCACACAAUGCAGCCUGGACUUCACCUACGCCCUGGAGACUGUGCUUGACCAGAACCACCAGCAGAAGCCUCUCAAUCUGCUAGGUGAGCUGCAGUUUGCCUUUGUGUGCUUCCUGAUCGGAAAUGUGUACGAGGCCUUUGAGCACUGGAAGCGUCUACUGAGCCUGCUGUGUCGAGCAGAGGCGGCCAUGCAGAAGCACAAGGAGCUCUACCUGGGACUCAUUGCUGUUCUCUACCACCAAUUGGGAGAAAUCCCUCCUGACUUCUUUGUGGACAUUGUGUCUCAGAACAAUUUCCUCACCUCAACGCUACAGGACUUUUUCCAGUUUGCCAGUGGGCCUGGAGUGGAUGCAGUGCUCCGCAAAAGAGCAGAGAAAUUCAAAGCCUAUCUCACCAAAAAGUUUAACUGGGAUUUCGAUGCAGAUUUGGAUGAAUGCGCACCGGUGGUUGUGGAUCUUCCGGAGGGAUUUUCUGUGGACUGACAUCACGUUUGCUGAAAAACUUGGCCUUCCAAGUCAGAUGGAUGUCACUUAUCAAAAUAAUGCUCCAUGUGAAAAGCUAUUUACAGGCCUGUUCCUCUGUACACAUAUGUGGUGCCUCAUUAACAAGGUUACAGUUAAGAAGUACAUUCUUCUUUUUAAAUUGUUGCGAGCAAAUUCUUUGAUAUAUAUACUGGUAGUUCUCUUUGUAUCUGGAAUAGUUUUUAGAGAGUAGAUAUUGUUCUAAAGAGGUUUUUGUAAAAUCUGAAGAAUAUUAAUAAAUAAAAAUAAUAUCAGUAAACUUUAUAAAUUAUAGGACUAAUAAUUAAUGAAUAUAAACAUUCUUUCGUGAUGAGUGUCACAUGAGUAAUAUGAUAGUUCAAUCACAUGUUCAUAUAAAGUGUGUUAACUCUCCCAUCCAUUAUUUGUACCACUUAUCCUCUCUAAGGCUAUGUAGGUGCUGGAUAAUGUUGAGUAAUGCUAAAUGUUUGCAAUAAACCUGUAUAGAAACGUAGAAGUGCAUUUAUCUUAAAGUAUUUUUAAUACCCAUUUUCUUCUGAAGACAUUAUCAUAUCGGCUUCCCCCACCAGAUGGCGCUGACGAGUUAAUGAUUUUUCUGUCUCCUCAGAGAAGAUUGAUUGCUUUCUACAGUGCAUUUGGUGUGAAAUUCGAUUUUUUUUUUCUAGUCCAAUUCAAAAUAUCUUAUUUUCAUUUGAGGGCCUAUAUCAAAUUACAGAAAAUCCCGAACAGUUAUUUCUCUUUUAUAUGUAACUGAAAAGCACAGCUGGAAAAGGAUUGGAUCAUGAGAGGAAACAACAUAAAACAGUCUAUUUGUGCCCCCUCGCUCUUCCUCAGGCUUCAAAUGAUUGGAUAUUAUCAAUGAGUACAUGCGGUCUCCCCCCCAAAAAAAAACAGCAACGAGUCAUCUGCACAAGGGCGUAGGUUUGGUCUUAAUAUUAGUAGGGACGAUAUAACAGCAUAAUCUGCAUGUACACUUUUUGCUGGGGACGGGACAUUAAUAAGACCAAACAUACUGUAUUUGGUGAAUGGGGGUCAGGACUAUAUUUCUCACCAAUAUGAACCUAAUUAAUUGAUAGGCUAAAUGAUUAAUGCAAAACAAAUCUGUAUUGACCUAACUUUCACACUGCAAAUUUAUAACGUUUUAAUCUUAUAAUUUUCUUUUAAAUUUAGUCAAAUAAUUUUAUCCAUCAUUAUUUUGAGUGUGCGUCAGAUUAUUUCACUUUAAGUAAAUAUUACUAUUUGUUCGUAUUGAGCCCAUACAUCUAAAAGUUGGUCAUCUUUCACCUAAAUCAAGAAAAAAAAAUAUCAAUGUUUUGAACAAUAUCCUUGAAUUAAAAACAUUUCUGACAAGUUUUUCUUUUAAGAUUAAAUAUACGAACUUUUUGCUUAAAAUAAGUGUCUUAUUUUAGUCUUAUUUUUAGCUUGCAAUUUUCUUAUUUGAAGAAAUCUCGGUGAGUAAAAAUCGACUUGAAGUACUGUAGCAGUAGCAAAAUUAGUGGAUUGUUCCCCACAUCCACAACAUUAACGUCUUUUUACAUUACUUAACGUGGCAGCUGCUGGCGGGAAAAAAAAACGACACAUUUUUAAUAUACCUCGUCUUUGAAGGGCGGGGGAGGCGCAUGUUGUAAUUCUGUCGGGCUAUGAAUGGUGUGUGUGUGUGUGGGGGGGGGUUCAGGUCAUCAGCCAAUCAAACUUGCGUUUCAGGGGAAAAAUGGACUGGCACAUUCAACAAGUGAAAAGGGGUCAGUGUAAGUGAACAUAAUUAAACUACUGUAAUUGUUAUAAUAAUGGUAGGCUCAAUUCUAUCCUUACAACAUAUGGGAAGACAAUCUAAAUGAACUAUAUAAGUAAAGUCAUUAUAUGUUGCAAAUAAAGUUGCUUAAAAGUUGGUGGGGAUAAUUUGAACAUCCUGAAAAGUUGGUAGUGUUAUGUCCCUACCAUCCCUAUGCAAACCUACACCCUUGCAUCUGCAGUCUUCUUUCAACAAUGCAUGUGACUUCUUGAAUGAAAAUAUUAAUAUUCAUUUUCUGUGAAAUUACAAACUUUUGCUGGAUAAGUUUAAAAUAUAGGUCAAUUAUUUACUUUUUUUUCUUUUUUCUUUUUUUUUUUAUCACUCAUGCAUCGAAUUUUUACUGUGUCUUGAUGCAGGUCCCAGAAAUUUUUGACUACUGGUCAACUGUUGUAGUCUGCUAGAUAAUGACAAACCAAGGGAUCAAUUAAGAUCUUCAUCUUCAUUCGCGUUUUUCCAAAAUUCUGAUGCGACUUAAAAUUUCAAGCAUUAAAACAAAGAUGGCGGCUGUACACCAUUUUAGAAAUUAUAUCAGGACAGUGUUUGACUCCACAUAAGAGGUUUCCUAGAAUUUUGUUUUGAAAUUUAAUAAAAGUUUCUUACAACUGCUUAUUAAAGAACAAAAAAAGCCUCAAAUAGUCCAUUCUUUCUUGUACUAGAUGUGUACACAGUACUAUAUAAUCAUAGAACAUAAUAUUCUGUGGGGAUUGAAAAAAUAGUCAAUUGAGACCAGGUAAAAAUAGCACAAGACGGGGAAAACAUCCAAAGAAGAGCACAGGUCAACUGACUGAAAAAAACAUAGCUGCUCGUUUUAAAUCCACAUAUGUGGCUCUAUUUUCAUCUCUGGCACAGAUUCAGAAUAAUGUGCUGUUGCACUGCAUGAGGAGGUGACUUAUACCAGGUGUUGCUAAAUAUAGCCAUUCUGAUAACAAAUAUGUUGACCUAACCAUUGAGUAAGUCAAAAUUGAAAUAUUUUUUUUCUAUUCAUUUGAUAGAAUUGAUUACCCUUGUUUGAAAAAGCCUGCAUGUGCUUGGUCUUUAUUCCCUCCUGCUAUAGUUCCACUGAAGUUUUUACAUGUCUGAUUCCCAUGAUGUGAGACAGCCACGUCUAUAUUGUCUUUUUUCCCCUAGAAUAUGGGAGUGCAGUUUGAGCUUGGUCACAUUUGGAAGUUUGGUACCCAGACAAAUGGACAAGAGCGGGGGGGUU